UUAUUUUGUAUUAAAAUAUUAUUUUCUAGCGAUGAAAUUUGCAUCGGUACCGCAAUAUGUCAGCCACCAUGAUAAAGUUUGACAGAUGAAGGGUUAAAGAAUAUGCCCAACCACAGCCAUAAUUAUGAGGAGAUGGAAAUAUCUUAAACCCCUUUGCAUUGCUGCUGCAGUUUUUCUAUUCAUACAAUUCUUUGUAUUGAUUAAUUUGAGUUCAAACCAGGGUGAUGCAGACACCCACAGCCAUAAUGGCAAGAUAGUGGUUGAGUUAUUACAGAAGUCAUGGACUGACAGCCCCUUGUUUCUACUAGAGCCUUCAAUCUUAUCUGCAUUGUCAGCUGGAACCAACUCAAAAGAAGAUUGUGUUUAUUUGUGUAAUAAUAACAAAGUUAUUACAUUUGGUAUCAUUGGAAACCAAUCCAAAACUUUGUCCUUAAUGGUUCAUAAGUUAAGACAGGAUGGAUUUUCAGCUGUUGAUUCAUCGGAUGAACAUCCUGAUUCACUUACCAAAGAAAAUAGAAUGCCUGUCAAAAUAACCACACAUAUAUUUGUUCAACAUAUGAAAUACCCAGAACCCACCAUUCAUAUUGUUGUAUUUUACAACAGAAAACCAGGCUUUCUAUGGCACAGCCAAAUACAGAUUGCAACAUCAGAUAUAGCUUUUGGUUCAACUGCUGGAGCAUAUGAAGUGUUUAAUUUACAAAAGAAUACAAUAGACAAUGUCCAGUUACAUGUGCCAUCACCUAUCACAACAUUUCUACAACAAGUGCCUCAUUCUGAAUUCAUUGAAUGUAACUAUGCAAGAGCUGAAGCUUUCUAUUUGAAAAACCCAAGAGACAAAUCUGAACAGGCUAUACAUUUCCAAAGGAAAGCAAGACAACUUAUAUCAACAGCACAGAAAGUUUUAGAUGGUCUUGGUAUAAGAUUCUGGAUAAGUAGUGGUACUACCUUGGGUUGGUUCCGACAGUGUGAUAUAAUACCUUACUCUCAAGAUGUAGACUUAGGCAUAUGGAUAAAAGACUAUAAGCCAGAAAUGGUCCAAGCUUUUGAGAAGGCUGGACUUCCUUUAAGAUUUUUAUUUGGAAAAGUAGAAGACAGCUACCAAAUGGCAUUCCUAUCAGGGGAAGUCAAACUUGACAUAUUUUUCUUUUAUGAAGAUGAUUCCUCUAUGUGGAAUGCUGCAACAGUGACAGAAACUGGAGAAAAACUAAGAUACAUAUUUCCGCGGUUUAAAUUAUGUUGGACAACAUUAUUGGAAAUAAAAGUUAGGAUACCAUGUCCAACUCAACCAUAUAUUGAAUCAAAUUAUGGCAACCAGUGGCAGACACAAAUAAAAAAAUGGGAUUGGAAAUCAAGUGCUCCUAAUGUUAGACACAAUGGCUACUGGCCAAAGGACCAAUGGGAAAAGGUUAUACAAAUGUAUGAGUAAUGAUAAAAAGAAAGAACCAAUGGUAAAAAGUGAUACAUACUGUGUAUAUGAUGUAUAAAAGAACAAUUUGAUAGAAAAAAAGGUUGUGACAAAGAAUGUCCUGUCCAAAGAAUUAGUAGAAGAAAGGUUAUGUUAAUCUAUGAUCAAUUGUUAAUAUAGCAUAGCAUUGAUAUCAUUGUGAGAAAUGAAGGUUAUGGUAACAGAAAGAGUUCCUUUGACAGUCAGUAUCCACUUAAAACUAGCAUUUUUUUCUAAGAGGAGCACAAAAAGAACAUUUGUAUUUUUGAAGAGUGUGUCAUCUAUAGUUGCUAGAGUUUAAGUCUUAUAUAAUCACUUGAUUGUUUUAAGACCUGUAUAAACCAAUGCCUAAGAACAAGCGUAUUACCCUCCAUAAACAUGUUAACAAGUUAACAAAUUAUAGAAAUAUAGAUUCUACUACCGAAUUGAGUGUAAUACGAUAUUUAUCCACUCAAGACAGUUAAAUUUUCAAAUCGGCCAGGACUUUAAAAUUGAUAAUUUAACUGUUGAGAGUGGAUAAAUAUCUUAUUACACGAGAUUUGGUGGGUGAAUCUGUUUCUCUAAUGAUUUUCUAACAUUAUGCAGGAAAACUUAUUCCUUCUUUUCUAAUGAUCUGCAAAAAGAUGUGUUCUUUCUAUGUGACGUCAGGCAUGGUCGCCUUUUUUCAUGCCGUCACAAUAGGAGAUCCAGAGGAAAGCAAGAAAAAUCGACGUCACAAUCAGAUUUUAACCAAUGAAGUUCUGAGAUCAAACGAACCACACUUUGGUUAAAUUUUUUUUAUACAAUGUGUGCAAAAAGGGAUAAAUUGACGAAGAAUUAGAGAAAAGAUGGUAUGCUAACUACCAGUCUAUUAAAUGAUUGCUUGUCAGAUAUCAGGCAAAAUCUGCAAAAGUUUUUUUUAAAUGAGAAAUUAUUGCUAUGUUUCUUCUUUCAUACGAGAAGCUAUGGCUGGGUUUAAAUCACAUUUUUAUGCAUUUUCUUUUUCGUUGAAAUUUUACAUAUUAUCUGAAAUUUAUAUUUACAAAUGUCGAUAUCACUUUUCAUUAAUUUUGCAUGAUAUAUCUUGGUUAAUAACUGUGUUACUGUAUUAUUUGUUUUUUUAUUGAAAAGCUUUAAAGAUAUACCCUGGUUGACAGUAAGUGCUGUUUUCUUAAAACAAAGAAUUUGUAAAAUAAGAGAAAGACCACCAGAAAGUGUUGAAAAAGUCAUGUUUGUCGGUAGAUCUGUUUAAAAAUGUUUAGAAAAUUAUUUCUAGGAUUGAUUAGACCUUAGAAUUUUAUAUUGUGCAGAAUUGGGCAUUGUUUAAAACUUUUUUUUUUUUUAUGUAGAAUACAAUUUGCAUAAGAAGAAGACCAUAUACAAUGUUUUAAAUAUUUAGUAAUUGUUUAUAAGGCUAGAAUAAGAAUAUAUUUGUACAACAUUCCAUUUUAACUGCAUUUAUAUGCGUUAAAUGUCUUUAAAAAAAACAUUCCAAAAUGUGUUCUUGUGUCUGUUGAAUUAUAAAUUCUUAUAGAUAUAUCAUUUGCAGGUUCAGCUGUAGAAAACAUUAUUCAAAAUAAAUAUUUUAAAUAUUUAAGAAAAUUGAAUGAAUGCAAAGCAUGAUUGUCAAUAUACUAAUUUGAAAAUACCCAUUUUAAUUGCAUAUGAAGCUGGCAUUAUAACUUUUGAAAAAUAUAAAAGCUUCCAAAUUCUAUUCCUCUAUUAAUUUUUGCGAGGAUUUUAAAUA